CUCGAGGGGCGGGCUGCUCUGGCGCCCCCCCCCCCUCUGGCGGCGCCCGCUGCGCGCCGCACCUUCACGUUGCACGAACUCCGGUGUCGAAACUUUCGCUCUGGCCCAGGGCAGCGGAGGCCCUGGGGCCACGCAGAUGGCAGAUGGCUCCACGGCGGCCCAGCAGCGGCAGUACGGCACCACCGCGCCUCCAGCCAGUGUCGCCUUUGGAGCGCUCUCGACGGUGAAGAAGCGGAUGAAUUGGGUCGCUCCCGUGGUGGCGAUCCUCGUCCCGUGGCUGACGUUCACCAUCGUAACGGAUCGGGCCUGCUGUCGUUCUCGAUGCGCUACAGGCACGCCGGCGUGGCCUGGUACAUCGUGACGCUCCUCGCCAUCAUGACCGCGACCUGCGGGCUGGCUGCGUACAGGGCGUACAGGAAGAAGCAGACCGCCGACCCCACCAGGGAGCCGACGUGAACCGCCACUCGGUACAUCUUCGUGUUUCUGUCUCUCUUGGUCGCCUGGGUCCUGGGCGUGAUCCUGGGCGCCAUGAACUACGCCAUUUACAUGAAGCCCUACUACGAAAUUACAAAUCUGAACACCUAUCCUGGUGUUGAUCCGGUCCGGCAAACUGGACAGCAGGUCAUGGACGCUGGCCGUGUUACUUUCGCAAGGGGCUCCUACCUGGACCUUUCGAAGUCGAUGGGGUUCAAGAAUGGCGACAUUUAGCUUUUGCGCUGCGCGCACCUCCUCCGCGUGGUGCCCCACCACCUGUGUUGGG